AUGGAUCCGUGGUGCAGAGAAUUGUCAAUUCAGUAUGUCGAGCGUGAACGGCAGAAGCCGCCCCAGCCUUUAAAGCUACAGCAAAUAUUUGAGAUGAUGAAGCCCCUUGUGGUACAGGUGUAUGCUGUGACAAAAACGCAAGCGCCUUUCGGUCGCAGGGCCCCCGACCCAACAGAAGUUGACAAGGACCAACAUGUGCUUGAGCAGUUUCACUUUCUGGGCUCCGGCUUUUUCUUUGACGACGAGGGCAUACUGUGCGCAACUGUGGGAGCAUCUUCAGGCCACAUAGUAACUGCUGCUCAUGUUGUCUUGCGGCCAAAUGACUUGGAAAUAGGUUCCGCAAUCUGCCCAAAAAGUCAUGAACCACCAAAGAGGCUGCUAAAAGGCGACUUUGUCUCCUUCCCACUUGCUAUAAAAGACUCCUUCGGUCGGUUGCACACAGUGCAUCUCUGUGGAGUGGAUGAAACGACUGAUGUGGCUGUGCUUCGGGUAGAUGACUCCUUCCAGCGAAGGGAUCUCCCUCAUGUGCACGGAAGGAUGUCAGGAGCGCCUGUAUUUAACAUGCAAGGGUCCAUCGUAGGAAUGCUUGUCAAGAAAUUUGAUGUGUGCGGGCUGGCAUUGCCGUCAACUGUCGUGCUUCGGGUUGCGGAAUCUCUGAGAGAUUCGGGCGAAUUUACAGUACUGUCCAUCGAGGCAUCGGCGAGGUGUUGUGCAGGGUUGCUCGUGGAGGAAGAGAUGCCGCGCUUGGCUGCAGCACAUCCAAAUCUGCCCACUGUUUCGGGACUUAAGGUGUGCGGGGUAACUCCUGGAGGCGCUGCUGCCAAAGCAGGUGUUCGCGAAGGGGACCAUAUAAUAAGUGUUAAGGGAGAGCUUAUGGAUUCCAUUGGACGCAUGCUUGUCCUGACGUAUUUGCUCAGUAGUUCAUGCAGAGGCGGAGGGGCCUCGCGGUUUGAUAUGUGUAGGCCAAAGUACGGGUGGAGUGUAGGGCUUGCUUAG